CAUAUUGGAACUAUAUGCCCCCUUACUCGAUUGAUAUAAAUUUUCUUCAAUAUAUUGACCUUAUACGAGUUAUGUUCUUCUUACUUAAGAAGUGCCUUUUUUACUCCCUUGUCACAUUGAGAAAACUAAGAUGUGAAUUGUAAUUAUUAUUUUAUAAUUUAUACCUCUUUGGAAACUUUGAUGUUGACAAGUAACCUCAAGCGUUUAUUUAUUUAUUAUUGAUAAGAGGUUAUAGAUAAGAGAGAUAAAUCUUUCCAGAGGAAAGUUGGCCAGAAAGUAUGGUCUUUGGAUCAUCCAAGUUUUCUAAUUAUUAACCUGCUUAGUAAGCAAGUUAAGUGUUUAUGUUUGCUGGACGAGUUGCUUGUAAAAUGACUUUUUCAAUGUGCAGACCUUUUUAUAAAUUUACAUUAAGGAAGAGAUUAUUCCAACAUAAAUGGAUGACGUUUGCCACUAACACCAAUAUCAGUAAGAUUUUAGGAAUUGAAACUAGCUGUGAUGAUACAGGUUGUGGUAUAGUGAGCACUGAUGGAAAGUUGUUGGGUGAAGGCUUAUUCUCCCAACAGAAAUAUCACACAGAAUUCGGUGGAAUUAUCCCACCCAUAGCAAAGAGUUUGCACAAAGAACAUAUCGAUAAUGUUGUUAAUGAUGCACUGAAGUCCUCAUCUUUGGAUAUAUCUCAAAUAGAUGGAGUUGCCGUUACAGUUAAACCGGGUUUACAAUUAUCGUUAGCAGUUGGUGUAGAGUAUGCCAAAAAGUUAUGCUCCCAGUAUAAGAAACCUUUGAUUCCUAUUCAUCAUAUGGAAGCUCAUGCCCUUACAAUCAGAAUGUUGGAAAAGGUAGAUUUUCCAUUUUUAGUUCUUCUUAUCUCAGGUGGACACAGUUUGAUUGCUGUAGUAAAAUCAGUUGAUAGUUUUUUGCUUCUUGGUAAAUCAUAUGAUGAUGCUCCUGGAGAAGCUCUCGAUAAGAUAGCUAGGCGGCUUAAGGUAUUCAAUUUAGAAGGAAUGGAAGGGUUAUCUGGUGGAAAGGCAAUUGAGAUGUUAGCAGAACAAGGAAAUUACAAUGCUUUUCUACUUGGAGAACCCCUUUUACACCAAAAGGAUUGUGACUUCAGCUUUGCCGGGGUAAAGAACUCAGCUCGUCAAUUUAUCAUUGAGCAAGAAGAAACUUUCAGCAUUGAAGGUGAUCAAGUUUUGCCAACAGUAAAUGACCUAUGUGCCAGCACACAGUUUGUUAUUGCUAAACACCUGUGUCGCAGAAUCCAAAGAGCGAUUGCCUUCUGUCAAUUGAAUCAACUCAUCCCUAAUGACAAGCAGUCUCUAGUGGUAUCUGGCGGAGUGGCAGCCAACAAAGCUAUAAAGGCAGCUCUUUGGAAGGUUUGCCAAGCCUAUGGUUAUAGCCUCCAUGUACCACCACCACAGCUUUGCACUGACAAUGGAGUUAUGAUCGCCUGGAAUGGAGCUGAGAGAUGGAUUGCCAACAAAGGAAUAGUGUCUCAUGAGCAACUGGCUUCAGUCGACUUCCAGGGAAAGGCUGAGUUGGGAGAAGAUAUUCGAGCAGAGGUAGCAAAAGCCAGCAUCAAAUGUAAGUGGAUCCCGCUGAAUGAUAUAUUUGAGAACAAAUCUUCAUCUGGAUUAAUUCAGGGAUCUGUGUGAACUUAUUAAAUCUACAUUAAUGUUCGAGUUGUUAAUUAAAAGUUUUAUUUGUUAGUAGUUAAUAUUUAUUUGAAUCAACAAAAUAAGUACUUAAUUUAUUGAAUUAAUAAAAAUCGUACCUUUUGCAUUGUUCAAUGUAAUUUGUCUCAUUAUUAUUAAUAUUAUAACUUGUCUACACAUAAUAGUAUUUUUUAAUUAACUUCAUGAUUCAUCUCUUAAAUGAGAAGGACAAUUAAUCUGUUGCUUUCAAGAUGGUACAUCUGUAUGCCUACAGUGGUCUGUUUCAUGUAGCUUGAAACCCUCCCAAUAAUAAUUUGACUUUCUUGAGCAGCUAUUUCUUUAUUUGAGUAGCUACUUAUUUAUACUAAUGAUGCUGAAAAUAUACAAUUUUCAGACCUUAACAACCUCCUUGAUUGUUAGUCAAUUUCUGAAGUUUCUAGAAAUCAAACUAUCUCAAGGCUUAUUAGAAAAUUAAUUUUAAUCCUCAUUGAUAA